AUGGCUGGCAACGGAGAGGACGAGGUCACGCGAUAUGGGCCCAAUCCCCCGCAUGGUCCCGAUGUUUCGGGUACUCACGCCCCCUUUGAGGAUCCUCAUCUGGACAUGACCACAAAUGAGAAGGACGUCUUCCGAUACCUCCUGAAGCCCGACGACCUGUACGACGAGAAUGGCGUCUACUGGGCUGACCUCCCCAUCAUCAAGCGAGUCAAGUUCGUCUCCAAGGUUGACCGAGAAGAGACCAGGAGAGAGUUCUCCGCCUUCUGGGAAAUCUUCAAGAAGGACCCUCUAGCGCCCGUCGGUUUCUACUUCCGCAACAUGGUUCUCCCCGGUGCCGGUCUCGGUCUGGAAGGUUACGUGCUCUUCUCCAUUGGCAACAUCAAGCCGCUCUUCCAAGGCGCAUUCCCCGAUUGCUGGAAAUCCAACAAGAUCUGCAGCAAGACGUGGAUCAACGCUGUUGACUACCUUGAAAUCUGCGGUAUCAUCUGUGGUCAAAUCCUCGUCGGUGUCAUCGGUGACUGGAUCGGCCGUCGCUGGGGUCUGAUCCAGGAUGCCACAAUCAUGUUCAUCGGUCUCAUCAUGCUGGUCUGCGCCUGGGGUGUCACCCAAAACGGCUGGGUCAUCUGCUACGCCUGGUCGCUCUUCUUCUAUGGCAUUGGUGUCGGAGGUGAAUAUCCCAUGACUGCCACCUCUGGUAUGGAGAACGCUGUCGGUUCCGGCAAAGUGUCGACCCGUGAGGAUCGUCUGCACAGAGGUCGCAAGGUUGUCAGCGCCUUCUUGAUGCAAGGUUGGGGUCAAUUCUUCAACCAGGUCAUCCUCAUCAUCUUGCUCUUGGUCUUCCACCACGGUAGCGGCAACGCCCCGUACUCCAAGGUCGCUGCCCAGUAUACCUACCGUGUCUCCUUUGCCAUUCCCGCCGUCGGUACCGCUUGGCUGAUCUACUUCCGUACCUUCAAAGUCAAGGCCAGCGCCAACAGACAGCUGAGAAUUGCCAAGAAGAAGAACGCCGUCACCGGUUACGACGUUGAAUCCCUCAAGUUGACCUUUUACUACUUUGGCGGUCGUGUCAUCGCCACUGCUGGCACGUGGUACAUGAACGACGUGUUUUUCUAUGGCAACAAGUUGUUCCAGAGCGAGUUCAUCAGUGUCAUCAUGCCUGAGACGAAAUCCAUCAUGCCCGGUUGGCUGUACAACCUGAUCAACGUUGGUGUGUCGCUAUGCGGUUACUACCUGGCCAGUUUCUUGGUUGACAACAAGCUCUAUGGCCGCAAGCACAUGCAAUCACUCGGCUUCUUGAUGGACUUUAUCUUCUUCAUCAUUCCCGGCACCCAGCUUAGCUACUACACCUCUCGCGACCACAUCAAGGAAUUCCAGACCAUGUACUUCCUGUCGUCGUUCUUCCAGCAAUUUGGUCCCAAUUGUGUCACCUUCCUUGCGGCCGCCGAAGUCUACCCUGUCGCCGUCCGUGCUACGGCCCACGGUUUCUCCGCUGCUGUCGGUAAGUUGGGCGCUCUGACUGCCGCCGUCGGCUACAGCUACUGGUCCACCCAGACCAAGUUCUGGGUUGUCCCGUGGUUUGGUCUUGCUGGUGUCAUCAUCAACGUUCUUUUCAUGCCCGACACGACCGGCCUCGAUCUCAAGGAACAAGAACGUCGGUGGGCCUACAUCCGCGCCGGUCGCGAGAAGGACUACCAUGGUAUCGCCAUCCACCCCAAGCACUUGAGCUUGUGGGAGCGCCUCCGUGGAGUCGGCAAGCCGUAUGACCCUGAGCUUGACUUCAAGCAGCGGAUUGAGGAGAUGCGUGGCGAGUGGGAAGCCCGCAUGCAAGCCAGAGCCGAGGAGAAGGAGGCCGACGACCUUGCCCAAGCUGAGGAUGAUGAUGACUUCCACUCUGAGGUUUCGUCUUACUUCAAGCGGUCCACCAAGUCACCCAACCUAAAGGGAAUGGAGAAUGAGAAGAUCCCUGAGGACCGGGAAUUGAACGGCCAGAAUGGUAUUUAA